AUGGAAAUAAAUUCAACUGGGACUGCUUCGAAUGAGACGGUUUUAUCGAGAACUUUGCAAAUCCCAUCAACUCCAAUUACAAUCGGUCUAACAGCUGGAUUAAUGUGAGUUUUUCUUGGGGUAAGUACGGAGAUCUCUGAGUAAUCAUAAUGAAACUUCCCUAAUAUGAAGUCAAAAAUAUUUAAAGAGAUUUUGGAAAUUUUUGACCGCGUUAUGCAGAAUUUUGGGGCUUAAAAAAGAUCUUUGAAACUGUCAGGAUUUUUUGAAAUUUGUUUUUUUUUUUGAUGAAUCAGUGCAAUAUUAUUCGUCCAAAAAUUACUUUUCCACUACGGGUUUAUCGUAUUUUUAAUCUAUGUGAGUGUUUUCUGGUGUAAAAUAUGAAUAAUAUUGGUUAAUCUGGCCUCACUCUUUGUCAGGAAAUUUGUGUAAAUAAGUUAAAUCUGCAAUUUCUCAAGAAUUCUGGAAGUUUUCAUAUUGGUUUUUGCAGAAUUAACCUAGUUCUGCGGCUUUGAAAAUCAAAAAAUCUCAUUUUUCGAAAUAUUGAAAUUUUAAUUUUUGAUGACAUAGGGCAACAUAAUCAAUCAAAAAAUUACCUUUUCAGCGGUGUUUACUGUCUUCUUGGAAUCCUAUCCAGCAUUUUGAACCGGGAUCGUUUCAAGGACAAACGAUGUGACUGUGAUGGAUGUAAAUAUGCGGAAGAGAGCACUCAGAAUACGACAACUGGACAGGCAAAUCGGCAAAUCAAGUGUACUUAUUUGUGA